AGUUCAGUUUGAGCAACAAGCUGUUGCGUUAUCAUUGCCCUCAGAGACACUACAGCUACCACUAACUCACUACACUUCUGGUGUCUUGGCAGAGAAUGGACGUAUGGCAGAGUAUCCUCACCUGCUUGUACUGGGCUACUGUGUGGUUGCUUAUUGGAUUGCUGUGCUUUGUCUUGGCUUAUCUCUGCUACAUUCACUACACCCAUUUGAAGUUUGAUCACAUACCAGGUCCUCCCAGAGACAGGUACGGCACUUUAUCAACUGGCUUUCUCUUUGGACAUGGCCCCUCAAUUCAAAAAUCAAUGGAAGAUUUCAACCUGAUCCAUGAGAAAUUCCUGGAAUGGAGUGAGAGAUAUGGACCUGUUGUUCGGCUGAAUGUUUUGCACCAUGUGUCAGUUUUUGUCACAGACCCAGAGGCGGUAAAGGAAUUCUUGAUGUCAUCAAAAUAUCCCAAAGACCCUUAUACAUACGACCUCCUCUUCACCCUCUUUGGUAAAAGGUUUUUGGGACGUGGAUUACUGACCGAUACCAAUCACAGACACUGGUAUAUGCAGCGCAGGGUGAUGGAUCCCUCCUUUAGCCACUCGCACCUGGUGGGUUUCAUGGACGUGUUUAAUGAGAAGGCUGAGCACCUGAUGGAGAAGUUCGGAGAGAUGGCUGAUGGUGAAACCCCAGUGGGAAUACACAGCAUGCUGAACAGUGUGACACUUGAGGUCAUCUUAAUGGUCGCCUUUGGGAUGCAACUAAACUUAUUGGAUGGUGCUGAGUCUCCAUUUCCACGGGCAAUAUCAAUGACUCUGAAAGGUAUUUCCCGAUAUGUUCAGAAUCCGUACAUGCAGUACAUGCCUCAGCACCGAAAGUUUGUGAAGGAGGUGUGGGACUCCUUAGAGCUGCUGCGUAGCACGGGGAGGCAGUGCAUCAAAGAGAGGAAGAGAGCCGUAGCGAAUGGAGAGGAUGUGCCUAAAGACAUCCUAACAAGCAUCCUCAAGAUUGCAGAACAAGAAGGGGAAUGUGAUGAUGGCCUGAUGCUGGACAACUUUGUUACUUUCUUCAUUGCAGGUCAAGAGACCACAGCCAACCUGAUUGCUUUCAUUAUCAUGGAGUUGACCCGGCAACCUGAAAUAGCAACAAAGCUACAAGCAGAAGUGGAUGAAGCUGUUGGGCUGAAGAGAGAUGUAACUGCUGAUGACAUUGGCCGUUUGCAGUAUAUGAAUCAGGUGAUAAAGGAGACUCUAAGGCUCUACCCCCCAGGACCAGGGACAAGUCGCUGGUUAUCAGAGGAAAUGGUCAUUGAAGGAAUAAAGAUCCCUGGGGGGGUUUCUGUAAUCUUUAACACCUACGUUAUGGGUCGGACAGUCAAAUUUUUUGAUGACCCUCUGACCUUUGACCCUGAGCGAUUCAAUCUGAAUGCUCCAAAACCCUACUACUGCUAUUUCCCGUUCGCUUUAGGGCCUCGUUCCUGUCUUGGCCAGGUGUUCGCACAGCUAGAAGCUAAGGUGAUUUUGUGCAAAUUCCUGCAGAGGUUUCACUUCCAACUUGUUCCAGGCCAGACUUAUGAAAUUCUGGACAUAGGGACUCUCCGACCUCGGGAUGGUGUGAUAUGCACCUUGACAGCAAGGCCUGAAUCUUCCAAAGGAUAACACAGCCCUUUAUCGGGAGACAAUGGCAGGUUAUAAAAGGCUGUUCACCUGCCUCUGUACUAAUCUGUUCCAAUAGACCACGAGGAAGUUACAACUGGACUUGUGGUUUGUAGCAUGGAAUUGAGACUGCUACCCGUUGUACUGACUGCACCAUAAGCUUCAACCCUGAGAGCCUUCAGCCCAUCAUGCCUGCGUUUCCCUAGACGAUUAUCCAUCUGUCCCCACACCCCUACCCUGUCCCCCUUUGCAUAAUAAUUCUAUUCAAGUAUUUCUCAAAUUCCCUUGUACAAGUUCCAAUUGAAUCUGCUCCCAACACUCUUCCAGGCAGCACCUUACAUUAAAAGUAGGCCAUUCAGCCACUCGGGCCUGCUCCACCGUUCAGUGUAAUCUGACUAAUUAUCGAGCUGAAUAGCCUACACCCAGCCUCCCCUUAUAUCCCUUUGAUACCUUUAGACACAGGAACUAUGACUGCCUCCUUCUUGAAAACACAAUGUUUUGGCCUCAACCAUUUUCUGUGAUAGUGAAUUCCACAGACUCACCACUGUCUGAGUGAAGAUAUUGCUCUUCAUCUCAUUCCUAACAGGUUUAUCACUUAUUCUUAGACAAUGACGCCCCUCCGACCCGACCCAACCCCCCCCCCCAAAAAAAAAGCCGACUCUCCAAGCAUGGGAACAUCCUUCUUGCAUCUACUCUGUCUGGUCCUGUCACAAUUCUAUAGGGUAACAAAGUGUGGAGCUGGAUGAACACAGCAGGC